AUGCCGAAUACACGAGGUUCUAAUCGUUAUAUUGUCAUUCCUAAUGGAUUAAGUGAAGAAGAAAUGGACACAUCCGAGUCAGAAGAUGAAAUUGGUGCUGUUCAAUAUGUUUUACAAGAUAAAUUAAAAAUCAACGAAGACAAUUCAUCUAGUGAAGCAAGUGAUGUUGAAGAAAUGGUAACAGAUCCAUCAACAAAAAGAAAAAAGCAAUUACACUGGAAAAAAAAAGAUUUUGAAGUUCCAGCAGCAGAUUUUACUGGAGCUUUGCCACCGCCACCAAUACAUGAAGAAUUAGAACCUAUUGAUUACUUUUAUUCUAUGUUCGGUAAGGAAUCUAUUACACUUAUGACAAAUCAAUCAAAUUUAUAUUCUACCCAAAUGAAUCCAAAUAAACCACUUUGUGUUUCUGAAAACGAAAUGAAACGUUUUAUAGGUAUAU